GAAUUAUAUAUCAGUCCAUAUAAACACUGACACAUUUAUUUUGAAAUUCUACAAAAACCACAAUUCCUGAACAGUUGCUUUUAGAUUUUUUUUCCUCACUUGAUUGGCCCACAGGUCAUUUUACAUUUGAUCACAAAAUGCAUUUGAAUCGUGAGUCAGCGUACCUGCACUUUUUAAUUAAUUAUUUUUGUUUUUAAAUCAAGUUUUUAAUCAAGUUUCGAGUUUUGCUGUGAGAUUUCGUUCGUUUUGGUUGUGCUUUUAUUUUGAAAGAAAGUAAACCGGAAGUGAGAGACAGUAGAAGCUUCCGCUAACAUUAGCAAUGGCAUUGUCUGGACAAAGAUCAUGGAGGCCGCCCCGGUCAUGUGACAACUACUGGAGUGAGUACAAACACUGCAAAAGUAUGUGGAGUCGUUUCAACCACUACUAUACUUAUGGUACAUUCCCAUCCUGCCAGCAAUGGAAAGAGGACUACUAUAGCUGCAAAGAGUGGGAGAAUCACAGACGUAUAGAAGCAAAGGAAGCGUUGCAGACGAGUGAAAGGAACAGAUUGGCAGAGCAGAAAAAGUUCACACCAGUGUGGAGGCUGAGGAAAGACCCUCCUAAAGACUGGAACAUGCCCCUGAACCAGGAGAAGCCACAGGACUCCUGAACUGUCACUUGUCUCAAAGCAAACAUCUACUGGGUACUGUACUUCAUGGACAUAAAAUACUUUUGGCCUCCA